AUGUCUAGAUUCUCCCUUAAAGGUCGCACGGCUCUGGUAACAGGUGGUGCACGAGGCUGCGGGCUGUCCUUUGCUGAGGGCCUCGCGGAAGCUGGAGCAGACGUUGCUGUCUUCGACAUAAUAGAUCAGACCGAAGGCUUCCAUAGUAUCGCCAGUAACUAUGGCGUCAAAACUGCGUUCUACAACUCCAAAGAGUCCUUAGAAGCCGGCUUCGCCCAGUUCAGCGCAGACUUCGACAACAAGCUGGACAUCUGCGUGCCCUGCGCGGGCAUAAACAGACAUCUGCCGUUCCUAGAAUACACGUACGAAGCGCACAGGGAGCUGCUGGACACAAAUGUCAUGGGGCUGUUCUUCACGGCGCAGUUGGCGGCGAAGCAGAUGAUUGCCAACGGGACCAAGUGCGGCAGUAUCGUGCUGGUGGCGAGCAUUGCGAGCUACAUGGCGAUUAAAGAUCAGAAUAGCUCAGCGUACUGUGGGAGCAAGGGUGCGGUAAAGGCUAUGUGUCCGGCUAUUGCGAAGGAGUUGGUGCCUUAUGGUAUCAGAGUUAACUCGGUAUCUCCUGGAUAUGUUCGGACAGAGAUGACAGCGGCACGGAGCCUGAUGAUAUUAGAGGUGCUUGUGUGUUCCUGGCAAGUGAUGCUAGUUCAUAUAUGA